AUGUCAAAACUCUGUAUUGCAUUGUCUUUCAUAUUACUUUUUAUCAAUGCAAAUUCAUUUAAAGACCUAGAAUACGAACAAUCGAUUUUUCAUUCAAGAAAUUUCUUACAGCUUAAACAAGACACUCAAGAAGGAGAAUCUAGCCAAUCAACUGAAGAUGCCACCAGCUCAUCAGAUGGAAGUUCAACUUAUGAAGAAGCUACAGACAUAGAAGGCAGCGACAUAACCUAUUCUAACUCAGAAGAAGCCAACAGCUCAGACGAAGAUGAAGUGUCAAGUGACGGUGAUGAAUCUGAUUUAGAAAAGGAGCUAGGAGAUGUAGAAGAGCUGUAUGAUGAAUAUUAUUCUGAUGCAUUGGAUGGGACUACUACUGUAACUGUUGAGGACUGUGAUGAACGAAUUAAAGAACUUGAAGAACUUCGAGAUGAAAUGGAUGACGACGAUGUGGUUACCAUUGGUGGAGAAAGCUAUACAAAAUCUGAUAUAGACGAACUUAUCGAGGAAAACUAUGAGUUGAGAGAAACUCUGGAAGAUGAGGAUGCGUAUGCUCUUUAUGAGUAUGGAGAAGUUACUUAUGUUUCUGAAGAAGAAUCAACAGAAGAAACUGAAGAAGAAGCUGGUCAAUAUAGCCAAUCAGAAGAGGAAGAAGAAGAAAAAUAUGACGAAGAUGAGGAUAUCACAGUAGUGCAAGUAGAAGAUACUUCAAAUGACGUCAGUGAAUACCAAACGCAAGUUAUUAUGGAAGGAAAUGAAGGAGAGCCCUCAUAUGAAAAAACUGGUGAUGAGUACGUUGAAGAUAUAACAAGUGAUGAAGAUUAUGAUGAAAGCAUUGAAACUGUUUCUACUGAUAGAAGCGAUGAAAAUAUAAAUAGCAAUCAAGUGGUACUGGAAGAUGUCACUCUUGAUAGCUAG